AUGGACCGCUCGCCCACGGUUGCUGGCGGCGUCACUCCAGUCAGCCCAACCAGCCCGGUCGGAGCCCGCCACGAGGCCAACGGCGGACAUAAGAGGAAACGCGGAAGCUUGACCGGGGCCGAUAGUAGCCCUGCCAGCACCGGUGCCCACGACGAUGACCCGAACGAGCCGGAGAAGAAGCGCCAACCUGGUGUAAAGCGCGCCUGUAAUGAGUGCAGACAACAAAAGCUUCGAUGCGAUGUUGUGCAAGAUCCUUUCCAAAGCUGCUCGCGCUGCAACCGACUCAAGUUGGAGUGCAAGAUCGAGUCCAACUUCAAACGUAUAGGCAAGCGCAGUAAGCAUGCGGAAAUGGAAAGAGAAAUUGAGCGCCUGCGGAGAAGUAUACAACGCGCCAGGGCCCAGGGCUUUUCCGCCGACGGCAUCGACGACGACGACCAGCAGCUGCACUCACCCAUAGCCACGAGCAACUAUACCCAUACGCGAAAUCCAUCUCUGAUGGGGUCCGACGAGGCCGUGUCGUCGCUCCUUCACCUCAAGCGAGGCGGUUCUUAUAGCGUGCCGCGCAUCACGCACGAAUUGGAAAACGUGCGCCUCACCGAAGACGCCGUGAACCAGCUGUUUGCCGAGUUCUUUGCCUUUUACCAUCCCUUUAUCCCCUUUCUCAACCCUCAGCAAACCCCCGACCAGUAUUACCAACAGCACACCUUGUUAUUCUGGGCCAUCAUCGCCGUCGCCGCCCGCCGCUACCAGCCAGACCCUACCCUACUGACCAGCCUCGCGACGCCCUUGACGCAUCUGCUAUGGACCACCAUCGGCGACGUACCGACGAGCUACUUUGUCGUAAAGGCCCUCUGCCUGCUGUGCACAUGGCCCCUCCCGACAAGCACGACGAGCUCCGACCCCACCCACAUACUUUGCGGCGUCAUGAUGAAGACGGCGACAAUGAUAGGACUCCAUCGCCCGAAUCACAUCCAGGAUUUCUCCAGGGUAUCCGUCGAGCUCAACCGCGAGCAGCUCCAGGACCGGAUAUCCACGUGGGCCGUCUGCAACAUUGUCGCCCAGUCCAUUGGUACGGGUUACGGCCAACCGGCAUCGACGCUGUACGACUGGACCCUAGCGAUCAAACCCAACGACGAGGGCCUGCUGAGCCUCUCCCCGGAGCUGCACGCUCGGCUGCAGAUCGAGCGGUUCUGCGACAAGGUUUCCAAGGAAAUGUAUAGCAACGUGAGCGAUCCCCGAGGGGUCGCCGGUGACGAGCACCGAGCCAUGCUCAUGAGGGUGUACCGGCGAGACUUUGCCGAGCUGCAAGUGACGGUGCUCUCGCGCCAGCUGAGCCCCGUCGUCACCCUCCACCUCCGGGCAGCGAACCUCCACCUCCGCCUGGCCGGCUUCUUCGACUCCAACACCACCCAGGGGUACAUGGACGACCUGAUGGGCCUGUGGCGAGCCACGACGGCGUUCCUCGACGAGGCCCUCGGCGACCCCCGUCGCCGGGCAUGA